ACCUUUCAUUCUCUUGCUCUGUCUCUAUAUAUUUUCAAACGCAUAAUAAGAAAACCACGUAGCAUGGCUACCCGGUUUCUAUUAGCAUUCGCAAUCUGUCGAUUAAUCGUGACCGUUGGAUUAACCUUGGAUCCGACAGAGCUUCUACGCCUUGAAGUAGAGGGUGUUCUGAGCGUAGAGCCAGCCGACCUGGAGGUGGCUUCCCGGGACUUUGGUGGCAUGCAAAACGCCGAGCCAUUAGCUGUUCUGCAUCCGGCUUCGGCUCAGGACGUUGCCCGGCUAGUAAAAGCUGCUUAUGAAUCCGGUCAGGGGUUCACAGUCUCGGCUAGGGGACAUGGACAUUCUAUAAAAGGGCAGGCCAUGACCACAAACGGGGUUGUGGUUCAAAUGAGUGGCUCCAAGAAGGUGGCUCCGCCGAGAGUUUCUGAGAAACUCAUGUACGUAGAUGUGUGGGGUGGGGAGUUAUGGAUAGAUGUACUGAGUUCCACCUUAAAGUAUGGACUUGCACCAAAAUCUUGGACAGAUUACUUGUACCUUUCCGUGGGAGGUACUCUCUCCAAUGCAGGAAUUAGUGGCCAAGCUUUUAAUCAUGGCCCUCAAAUCAGCAAUAUAUUUGAACUCGACGUUGUUACAGGUUCUUUCAUUUAUGAUUAUUCUUUUUACACGAACAUUCUUUAA